UAUGUUAUCCAAAAUCAAUAUUCCAAUAGACACUGAAAAUGCUGAAUUAUAACAUUGAAAAUCGGAAGCUUCGUAGAUAUAAGCAUCAGUGCAGGGUCAAAAUUAACGGCGCCUGAGGCUGCCGAGCAUGUCGAGCUUGUCAUCUCCUGAUCACCAAUGCCAGUCUCACGAUGUCCAGUCUGCGAUGUGAGUACUGUAAACCCUCCAAUUACCUACUUCAGAACGAAACUUGGGCUUCAUCAGAUCAGAUACGGCCUUUGGGCAAGCUUUUGCACAGAAUGGUCGAAAAUCAGUACCGAGUGGUUGAUUUGGACACCGUUCGGGCGUGAAUCUCGCCGCUGCAGUUCGGAGCUGACGUUGCAAGGAUGAGACAGUGAGGUCCGGGAGAUCGCAGCUUCCAAUCUGUGUUGCAGAAUCCACAGAGAGCAAAAAUAGUGGAGACAACUAUUUUAUGAGGUUUUGGUUGGGAGAUGCAUGGCUGAGGAUGGGAGAUCAAGGAGGCCGAGACGCAUCAUUCUCGUGCGGCAUGGGGAAAGUGAAGGAAAUGUUGAUUCGAAGAAGUACUGUGAUAUUGCAGAUCCCAAAAUUCGUCUAACUGAGGCAGGGGCUAAUCAGGCAAAGGAAUGCGGUGAAAAGAUACGAGACAUGAUCAAGACGCAAAGCGAGGAUGACGAGUGGCUUGUUUAUUUCUACGUGUCGCCUUACACCCGGACACUGUGCACUUUAAAAGAGAUUGGACGCGCCUUUGAAUCAGACAAGAAACACAUCGUCGGUGUGCGUGAGGAACCUCGCAUCCGUGAACAAGAUUUUGGAAAUUUUCAGGAAACGCACAAAAUCACAGCAGUCAAGAAAGAAAGACAAAGAUUCGGGCGGUUCUUUUAUAGAUUUCCAGAAGGCGAAUCGGCAGCGGAUGUUUUUGACCGUGUGACUAGUUUCCUAGAAAGUUUAUGGCGAGAUAUCGACAUGAACCGCUUACACAAACCAAGCAGCACCAAAACACUAGAGGUCAACCUGGUGAUCGUUUCUCAUGGAGUGACGAUGAGAGUUUUCCUCAUGCGGUGGUUCAAGUGGACGGUUGAGCAGUUUGAGAAGUUGAACAAUCCGAAGAACUGUGAAGUUCGGGUCAUGGAACUUGGCGAAGGGGAGGAGUACAGUUUGCUGGUUCAUCACACACAAGAGGAACUGGAAGAAUGGGGGCUCGACGUCGACAUGAUCAAGGACCAGGAACAGCGCAAACAUGGAAAGAGAGGCGAUAUGAACGGCUUGGAACCUGGCGACGAAUGGCCCAGGAGUGGAUUCCAGUUCUUCGAGAAUCACGAGGAAACCUCAUUUCUGAACAGAGAGCUCGAACAGUGUGAAGCAGAACAAAUGGCUACAGACGAGGAAAACUACUUCUUAGUGGACGGAUCUGUACGUGGGGGAUAACUCGGUCUGAUGAGUGAUGGCAAGUAUUCAGAUGGUUAAUAAAUAUACAUAUAUUUGUAUAUAUUUAUAUAUGUUUGUAUACAUGGAAUAUACUAUAGGAGAGGGCAGGUGUCAAUCCACCUCGACGUGUCUGGUGGAAUCAUGUAAUACAUUCAUUGUACAAAUCUUUUCGAAUGUACGACAUUCUGAAUGUAAAUUACCUCCUUUUAAUGUCUCCGAAACAAGUAUGUCCCUAUUUUUGGGGCAGUUUACAAGCUUAUUCCUCCCAUUUAACAAGCUGUAAACACCUUGUUCUCAAAGCUGUGUUUACUUCGAAAGCCUCAGGCUCUGUCCUGUUCCUUCUCCGUCCUUUGUGGGGGGGUCACUUUAUGGGCGGUAUUUUGCUUAACUGUAGGUCAUCAUUGUCUGAAGGGGUCAUUUUUAAAAUCUGCAAUCAACAUUGUUUCUUCUCUUUUGGAGAACCUGUAUGUGUUCUAAUAAAGAG